UCAAGUGAACAUAAAAGUCAGAACAUUUGCGAAAAAAAUGGGAGAAUCCGAUAACAAUUAUCAACAAAUGUUUAGGGAUAUUCAGCUGCUGCUGCAGCAGCAGCAGGAACAGCAUCAUCGGGAAAUGCAGCUGCAGCAGCAGCAGCAACUGAGGGAGGAGCUCCUCCCUCAGCAACAAGAGGAUCUCCGACCGAGGGAGGAGCCCCUCCCUCAGGUGCAAGAGAUGGAAUCCGGCAACGAGGAGGCGAAGCCACCGCGAAAAAGAGGAGUGGCGGCGGGGCGAUCGCGGCGCCUCACGGGUUACCGGGGGGGUCAGGCAUGCCAAUUGGGAAUUGUCUACGUGGCAGACGUCGCAAGAGUUCAUCGGGAGCGGGCGGCCAACCGGAGAAAUCUGGACGAGCUGUGGGUCGAAAGAGUGCGAAGGCACUGUCAGAACAUCGACGUCUUCGACCUGCGGUAUCUAUUCGGAUCCGAAAUUGAUCCGGAUUGGUAG